ACAGUUCCCGCCGCCGAACUUACCCCGCGGGUGGGGCGGCCCGGGAGCCAGCGGGGCACGUGAGCGAUGGAGACCAUCUGGAUCUACCAGUUCCGCCUCAUCGUGAUCGGGGACUCCACCGUUGGCAAGUCGUGCCUCCUGCACCGCUUCACCCAGGGCCGCUUCCCCGGGCUGCGCUCCCCCGCCUGCGACCCCACCGUCGGCGUGGACUUCUUCUCCCGUCUGCUGGAGAUCGAGCCCGGCAAGAGGAUAAAGCUGCAGCUCUGGGACACGGCGGGACAGGAGCGGUUCAGAUCAAUAACUCGGUCUUAUUACCGAAACUCAGUUGGUGGAUUUUUAGUAUUUGACAUUACUAACCGGCGAUCUUUUGAACAUGUGAAAGAUUGGCUAGAAGAAGCAAAAAUGUAUGUACAGCCAUUUCGGAUUGUGUUUCUCCUAGUGGGACAUAAAUGUGAUUUAGCUUCACAACGUCAAGUUACAAGGGAAGAGGCUGAAAAACUCUCAGCAGACUGUGGAAUGAAAUAUAUCGAAACAUCAGCAAAGGAUGCGACAAAUGUUGAAGAAUCCUUCACAAUAUUGACAAGAGACAUAUACGAACUUAUUAAAAAGGGAGAAAUUUGUAUUCAGGAUGGCUGGGAAGGGGUUAAAAGUGGUUUCGUUCCAAAUACUGUGCAUUCUUCUGAGGAAGCAGUAAAGCCCAGGAAAGAGUGCUUCUGCUGACUUCAAACAUGCCAAAGAACGAACAGGAACAGAUUGGGUGUUAUUUCAGGAUAAAUACCAACAUUAACCGGAGAAUGGUGCAAGGAAAGCACUGAAAAGCCCACAUCAAUGCUGUUUUAUAAGGUGUUUGAUUCACAGCACUUUGCUUACUUGUUACACUACCAGAUUGGGCAUUUUGCUAAAUUACCAGGCA